AUGAUAGAAGCCGAAACGGUCAAUAUUAAACAUUUGCAAGGACCUGCUGUGCUAAAAGCGAAUGUGAAACUUAAACAGGAUGAAAAGAAGAAUUGGAGGAGUCAUGAAAGAGUCACCGAGUAUAACCCAAUAUUUAUACCAAAAGUGUUCUUACUAACUCUACGAAUUAUUGAGCAUCAUCAUACCAAAACCUUACACGGAGGAGUCGGAGAUACCAUGGGCAGCAUAAGAGAAAGAUUCUGGAUACCGAAUUUUAGAGUGUCCGUUAAAAAAGUUAUUCGUGGUUGCAGUUUAUGUAAAAGAUACAGAGUGAAGCCUUUGUUAUCACCAACAAAAGCAAGCUUUAGAACUGACAAUGUUGAACUAUUUGCGGUUAGCGGUGUUGAUUUUGCCGGACCGUUAAAGUAUAAAGUACCAAAAAAUUUGAUUAGAAAAUGCUACGUUGCGCGCAAGCACAAGAGCCGUCUCUAUCUUAAACUUUGUCAUGAUCUAUCAGCAGUAGAAUUUUUGAGGAUUUAA